AAAUUUGAAUCGCAGAUCGUAAUUGUUUUCAAAAACUUUCUCUAGAGGGACUCAAGACUAUAGAUUUUCUUUAGUGUCUGGAAGGAGUGUCUGGCAUUCUAGCAACGUAAAGAAGAUAAAUGUGAGAGAGAAAGAAUUAUGAUUCUGACGAGAGAUCCAGAAAUACGAAAAAGCAUGAGUCAUUUAUGGACGAAGUGAAAAGUUGAUCUUCAUCAAAUAUUACUCUGAAGUUUGAAUGAUAACAUAAUAAACGGUAAAAUAUUAUCGAAAUCAGGGUCAGGGGUCAGAGUGGUAAGCAGCGGGCAAUCUGCUUAUCGAAGAAGCUAUAGAAGAGAUCAGUAGUGACGAGAAAAUGUUUACCAAGGUUCGUUUGGCGCUCAGUAAAAUUGGUCAAAGGAAUUACGGAAAAGUCGGCAUAAUAGGAGUGCCUUUCGAAAAAGGACAGAAUAAGGAAGGAGUUGCAGAAGGCCCGGAUGUAAUAAGAGCUGCCGGACUUGUAAAAGAAUUACAGGCACUCGGAUUAGAUGUCAAAGAUUAUGGAAAUGUCUCAUACAAAACAGAGCCAAUUCCAGGUGUAGAUAAUAUGAUCCAUUUGAGUGAGGUAGCAGGAUGUACAAGUCGCGUAUCUGAAAUGGUUCAGCAAGCCUUGAAUGAUGACAGAACAGUCGUCACUUUAGGAGGAGAUCAUAGCGUAGGAAUUGGCACCAUUGAUGGACAUGUAAAAGUACAUAAAGAUGUUGCCGUUUUAUGGGUGGAUGCACAUGCUGAUCUUAACACAAACAAGACAAGCGACAGUGGAAACGUGCACGGAAUGCCGGUAGCUCUUCUCACAUCAGAAUUGUCCGAUUACUGGCCUCAUCUUCCCGGAAUGGAUUGGCAACAGCCCAUGUUGUCUAUCAGAAAUAUAGCAUACAUAGGAUUGCGAUCUGUUGAUCAGUAUGAGCGAUUGGUGCUUGAAAAGUUCGGAAUAACUGCAUUUGGCAUGGAAGAUGUUGAAAGAUAUGGUAUUCACGACACCGUUCAUAUGGCUCUUAAUAAAAUCGAUCCUGAUCACUCUAAAUCACUUCAUGUCAGUUUCGACAUAGAUUCACUUGAUCCUCUUGAAGCGCCCAGCACCGGAACUCCUGUACGUGGUGGUUUAUCUCUAAGAGAAGGGAUACACCUGAUGGAAGAAAUGUACAGAACACGCAGAUUAAAUGCAGUGGAUUUGGUGGAACUAAAUCCGCAAAUUGGAGAUGAGCGCAGCGUACAAUUAACUGUUGAGGCUGCAAUUCACAUAAUUCAAGCUGGAGUAGGCUAUUUGAGGCGUGGCUUAAAAGUUCCAAAAGGAAUUACGGAUAUGCCUUUACAGACAUUCAGAUAAUGCUGAAGAAAUAUUUUCCAGAAGAUUCUGGAUUAUUCCAAUUGUCAAGAAAUUUUGAUUAAAAUGCAAAUUUUUUUUAAGCCUCAAGAAGGUCCUAAAAAAUAUCUUUUGAAAACGCGAAGUUGAAGAAAAUAUUAAGAAUUUGAAGAAACUGUUAAAUUUUUAUUCUAACUAAGUGAAUAUUUUAAUUGUGAAGAUCAAUAACAAUUUUGUGAAAUAUAAUUUCGUGUACUUAUAUUCUAAUUAUUCAAUCAUUAUCAUCAGUGUACAUUAAUACAUUUAAACUUCAUUAUUAAG